GAGAUCCUCGUGCUGGCAGAACACCUAUUGAAAAAGAGGAUGAACUACCACCUAAGUAGACAACCAGCAGCCAGAGAGCUGUCCAUAUGGGCUCUGUGCGUCUAUCCAGAUAAUCUUUGUUGGAGGAUUAAGACCGGAGCAGGAAGACAUUCAACACGACCUGCAUUUGUCCAAAGAGAGUCCUUUAACCUUUCAGGACAAAUCUCCACUGCCGAUCAUAAUGUCUUUAUUGGAUUUUCUUGGGCAGGGGAAGCUGUUGGGGGUCGGAGUUCUGCUGGUGUGGCUCGUCCUCUUCCACCUUCUUGUUAAUGUUUGGCUCCUUUGUGUCUUCACCAGUCUCCUGGUAGUUCUCGGAGGUUGGCUUGGGUCACGGGCUCUGCUGGAUGCCAACAGCGUUCUCCACCUGGAGCACUUCUUGCCUCUUGGCAACAUUAACCCACCUCAGUAUUCACCUGAGCACGAGUGGAGAUUGAACCAUGAGAUCCACAGCGCUGUCCACAAAGCAGUGCGUGACUUUGUGUCCUCGUGGUAUCGCACUCUACUGCCCGAGGUGGAGGGCGAGUUUGAGCGUGCGGUGCGUAAUUCGAUGCUGGAGUCAGUGAUGGAACUGAAGGAGCGUGCCCGGCAAGUGGACAGAAAAGCCUUGGUUCAGCGGUUGCUGGAGGUGUACGGGGGUCACCUGCAGAACUACAUGACAGUAAGACAGAUACAGUCAACACAAAAGGGAAGCAUGAGCCUCUGGCAGCUCUACAGUGAAGUAGACACCCCUCAUCCAGCUGUGAGCAGCAAAGCUGCUGAGCUCAGCUACUCCAGAGCUCUAGUUCACCUUGUACUACACGUGCUGGUUCCAUACCCACAGAUGGAAACCAGGACAGGAGGUUACAUGGUUACAGAACUUAUUACCUGCAACGUGCUGCUACCGCUCAUAACCAGGAUAUCCGAUCCUGACUGGCUCAACCAGACCAUUGUAGACAUACUUACCAGAUGCAGAGAACCACACCAGGAAAUCAACGUGGAUGACCUCCCAGUAGAUCCCCUAUACAAAUGUCAGAUCGACCAGGAGUCCUGGGCCACCUGCAUGUCACUGUCUUCUUCCGAUCAAGCUGGUCUCGCCAGCAAAAGCGCCUCUGACCUUGAUGACCUGAAUGAGAGCCGGAGCACGACGGAGCAGACUGAGUCCUCACUGAGCAGCAUGGUUAGCUUGGCGUCAGCUGGGAAAUUUCAAAGCUGCCGCCCAGGUCUGCUCACAUCAUACAAAGUGAACUGCUGUCCGCUUACAUCUGCCCAUCACUCCAACUCGUCAGAGUCCAAAAUAAUUUCACUGGACUCGCUAACUCAGUCUGACUCGGAUGAUGAUCUGAAAGGAGGAUUUUGCGAGUGUGGUCCUUCAAAUAACUUCUGCAGCAUGCUCACUUCUAAAGAUGUUGAAGCCUAUGGAUGCUUCGGUCCACUGAGAAAUCUAGGACAGAAGGUGGUGGUGCCGGUGGACUCCCAGUGGCCAGCAGGCAUAGCUGAAGAGAAAUCUCCAGGUUGCCCUAGAAGAAAGCUUUGUUUACCCUCUUAUAACUUGGAUUCCCCCAGCAAUGCAGUGGCACCUGUGAACAUCCAGAAUGUUAGAAUUGGUGGCACCGUCACCGCAAAAGACCAGCGUGGCACCGGCAUACAUCCCUAUAUUCUUUACACUGUAAAGUUUCAGACAGCGACCAGUGAUGGCAGCGCCACUCCACAGCAUGCGGCCUGUCACGCUGUCAAUCGCAGAUACAGCGAGUUCCUCAACUUGCAGACACGAUUAGAGGAGAAGCCCGAAAUGAAGAAAUUAAUCAAGAAUGUCAAGGGCCCAAAGAGGAUUUUCCCUGAUCUCUCAUUCAGCAGUCCAGACGGUGAGAAGGUUGAAGUGCGUAAAAGCCAGCUGGAUGCCUUCCUAAAACAAUUAAGCAGCAUUCCUGAGAUAGCCAACAACGAAGACAUGCAGGAGUUCCUAGCUCUCAAUUCAGGUGUCUGUACAUAUUUUGGAAGAAAACCUUUUGCCAAGUCAAGAAUUGAUAAGAUGAUGGAAAAUGCUUUGGACACUUUGAAGACAGCUUUCCCACAUCCAGAACCCCUCAGCCCAACAGAGGACAUUGAUGGAGAUCCUGAUGGAAGAACAAUGGACAACAGAAAAUACAGGAGGCUUUUCCCAAGCAAAAUCUCCCCAGCCUUCAAUAUACCCAACAUUCCUGAUCUACAUCCUAAAGUGACAUACUGCUUCAGUGAAGGCAGCACUGUCCUCAAUGGCAUGUCACUGUCCCACCUCGAGAAUUUUGUUGGUGAGCAGGAAACACUGUUAUGUGGACUGAAUGGGAAAGAGAACAAGCAGAGGUGUGAGCAAGAUGUAAAGAAGACUUCAGGGAAAACUCACGGCACAGACACAGCUGUGGCUGAUGUCGCUUUGAACAUCUUGUGUUUGCUGAUGAAGGAUCAGUGGAGUUGGCUGUGCACUGAGAACAUCCAGAAGGCCAUCAGACUGCUCUUCGGGACUUUCAUCGAGAGAUGGUUGGAUGUAGGUGUCGCCCACCUUACCAGUGCUCCUUGCUGGGUGAUUUACCUACAAGUGCUGCAGGAAGCUGUAUGGCCUGGUGGCACUCUGCCUGCUCAACCACAGCCUGAGCGAAGUGCUGCACAAAAGGAGAAAACAAAGGAGCAAUGUUUGGACUGCCUGAUGCAGCUGCUCCCAGAGCUCAUCACUGACAUGCUGGGUAAUGAGAAGUACAGACUGAGUUUGGAGACUAUGCUGGAGUCUUUGCAGGACCACCAGAUAAACAAGCAUCUGCUUUACUGCAUCUGUGACCUGCUGCUGGAAUUUUUGAUCCCCGAGUCGUGUGAUGAGAACUUCCAGCAUUCUCUGCUACAGAGCUUGACCAAAGACACAUAUUGAGACAACAAUGAUCGUCAUUAGUUUACAAAAAUCUGCCUGCUGAAGCCCAGAACUGAUCACCAGACAGACUCGGGUCUGAAUGACAGUCACGACUCUCAGCAGCUUGUCUGAUAGAUAAAUGGAAUACACAGGUAAACAAGUAUCUGCCAUUCAGUUGUGGCGAGCUCAGUGUACUUAUAUAAUUCCUAUCAUUAUUUCAUGAUCAUUUCAACUUCCCAUAUGUAUGAUAGACUUAUCACUUAUCUCAUUAUCAUAAAACAAGCUUGAGCUUCUAUUUCAGCUUAUAAAAAGUUUGCAUCCAAGUAAAAUACAAUGCACUGUAUUUGUCCUCUGCCUCCAUUUCUUUACUUUUCAAGUUAAAUCUGUUAACGUUUCAGACAGUGUCCCACAUUAUCCCAAACAUACCUACUCUUUUGCCCCAUUUUUAGUCUUUUGGGGAGUGAUAAGAUGAUUAGGUGAUGCAUCGUUGGUGGAAGCAGUUCAUGGAGAUGCAGCUUGCCUUAUACUUGUGCAGGAUGUGACGUAUUCAUAAAAGCCUGUAGUCAAUGGAGUCCACAGGGUAAUGGCACAACAAAGCGGCAUCAAUCACGCAGAUUAAUGAGAAAAAAGACUGAUCCUGGCUUCAUAUUUAUAUCAUCACGCAAACUGACGUCUGGUUAACAUGUCACCCAGUUAAACUCGUUUUUUUGGCUCUUGGGCUCUUUUAUCUUGAUGCAUUCAUUUAUUCUGAUGUUGUUGUAAAUCGUGCACAUUCCUACUUUGGAGCCUGGUAAGUUCACAGCUGGCAUGAGUGCAUAUGUUCAUGAUAUCUACCUGAAGUAUGAUCUUCAGAUGUAGAACUCGACAGAUCGCCGGGGCUUGAAAGGAAAUGAAGGAGGCUCUUCCAGGAUUUUAUAUAAAGUUUUAUUCUGUCUUUUGUCGCCCUUUAUCUAAUGACUGUUAGAGGUCUCACUGUCCUUCUCAGUGCAAUUAGUGCCUUCAGCUGAGCCCUCUGACAUCUGUGAGUGAAAUCAGCAGUGUGAAGGAUUUGCUCAGAUGAAAGCUGGGGCUGAACUUCAGACAGGUGUACUGACUGAGUCAAUAAAUGUUUGAAGUUGAGAGCAUUGUUGGGGAAUCCCCCUGUCUUCAACACAAAGAGUGAACUUUAGCCGUCACAAAGAGGAUUUUGUGCUAGUUUUCUUUGAUUACUCCUCUGUGUCAGGUAACUUAUUCAUAUAAUCCAGCUCUUCUCACACAUUCUUUCACUGUACAAACACUAUUUGUGUGAAAGGAGUUAAAAAUCGACUGAUAUUUCAUAAAUGAGUGUGUAUAAGUAUUGUGUUUUAGUCUUCCCAUGAUCUUUUGAUCCGGAGAGCAGUUAAAAAAAUACCAAUUUCUUCACAGCCAAAUUCCGUGAUGAGGGAUAAAUUAACUGCAUGAUUUACAAAACCACUUUGUGUUUUGCUUGAAUGGUAAAUUGAAAAAAAGUAAGGAAAAGCACUCUUUUUAUAGAGUGCUUCCAUAUGGCAACAUAAUUUUAUUAAA